CUGUGAGAGAAAACGAAAGUAGGUAAAAUGGCAGAAGCCAGUUCCGCUCUGGAUCAGAAAGAGUUCAGCUGUCCAAUAUGCCUGGAUCUGCUGAAUUAUCCAGUGACUAUCAACUGUGGACACAGUUACUGUAUGAGCUGCAUUAAGAGCUGCUGGGAUCAGGAGGAUCAUCUUAGAGUUUACAGCUGUCCCCAGUGCAGACAGAUCUUCAUACCCAGACCUGUUCUAGGCAAAAACACCAUACUGGCUGAAAUGGUGGAGAAACUGAAGAAGACUGGACUACAAGCAGCUACUCCUGCUGACCAUUAUGCUGGACCUGGAGAUGUGGAGUGUGAUUUCUGUACUGGGAGAAAACGCAAAGCUGCCAAGUCCUGCCUGGUGUGUCUGGCCUCUUACUGUGAAACUCACCUCCAGCCUCACUAUGAAUCUCCAGCUUUUAAGAAGCACAAGCUGACUGAUGCCACUGGACACCUGCAGGACAAGCUCUUAUCAACAGAAGUUAAAGCUGUACAGUAA